GAUUUAUUAGCUCAAAGUUAUACUGCAAAUUUAAUUGCUGAAGAACUAGAAAAAAUAAUUGAAAUUAUUGGUAGUAAUAAAUUUUCAGCAGUAGUAUCUAAUGCGGGAUCAAAUGUUCAAA